AUGCGAAAGCAGAAACACGACUCACAGUUGCUCAGGACUGCAGACAGAAAUAUGCGUAUUGAUGCUACCACGCCGCCAGAGCAGCAACCUGUCCAGGAGCAGGAGGUCUUAGAACAUUGUUCCUCAGGGACAGGCAUUGAUCCCGUCAACCUGAAAGCAGCAACAACAGCAAGGAUGAAGGAGAGACGCAUUUUUGAUGAGAUAACACUCCUUCGAAUAGAUGCCAGCAGAUUGCCAGCAGAUUUCAGGAUUGACUUGCCCUGUCCCCGACAUUCUUUUGGCAUGAGAAAGGCUAGUGACACGUCAAUCCCUCAGGCCAAGGGCAUCUGGGAAUUGGACAACUCCAUGAUGUCCGGCCCGGCUUCAAGCCCUGGAGAAGCCAAUUACAAAGGAAGUUUCGGUUCGGGGAAGGCGCGAACCCACAUUGGAAACGUCCUGGAGACUGCAGUGGACCGCGAGCCUCAUUUUGGUUCGUCAUAUUUUAUGGAGUCGAGUGUUAACGAGGUAUUCCUCAAAUUUAACUUGAAGGUGUUCAACUUGAAUGCUCUAGCAGGUACGUGUCGUGUCGUCAACCACACUACCCAAAUGCGAAAGCAUAAACAUGACUCACCGUCGUUCGGUGUGUCACCGUAUCAGACAAAACAAUCCGUCCAACCUACCAUGCCGCCUGUCGACUACGCAUGUAUAGCCAGGGCAGCAUUUUUCCAAGGCGCAGGAGAAGGGACAUUGACUAUCAGCGACAGGCAUAGACACUGUCAACUUGGAAGCAGCAAUAACAACGAGGACGAAGGAGAGACGCAUUCUUUGUGA